AUGGCAGACAAAAGCCGAGGUCCGUUUGGGAGAUUUUACUACUCAAAUCCGUUUUACACGGUCAAAUUCUUCGUUUUCUGCCACGGGUUCCUGCAGCUCUCCCAGCUGAUGACAUCCGGCUACAUGAAAAGUUCAAUUUCCACCAUCGAGAGGCGUUUCGGUCUGUCCAGCCAGACGUCUGGCAUGGUGGCCUCCUUCCACGAGAUUGGAAACACGAUGCUGAUCGUCUUUGUGAGUUAUUUCGGCAGCCGACUGCACAGGCCCCGGGUCAUUGGCUGCGGUGCCAUCCUCGUUUCCGUGGCCGGUUUUGUCAUUUCUCUCCCACACUUCGUCUCGCCCCCUUACGAAUACGAUCAGUCCGUUUCUGGUUCCUCGAGUAACACCACCGAUAUCUGUCUUCCACACCGGAAAGGACCCGUGACUGACGUCUGCGCUGGCCGCCAGAGGGAGAGCGACGUGGUGCUGAUGUUGCUCCUCUUUGGGCAGACCUUGCUGGGCAUCGGCGGGGUGCCCAUCCAGCCCUUUGGCAUCUCCUACAUAGAUGACUACGCCAGCGCCACCAACUCGCCUCUCUACAUAGGCUUUAUUUUUGCUGCCACCGCCCUCGGCCCUGCCAUCGCCUUCAUCUUGGGAUCGUUUAUGCUCCGUUUCUAUGUUGAUAUUGACAAAGUUUCAUCAGCGGAAGUCCACAUCACCAACAAGGAUCCGCGAUGGGUUGGGGCCUGGUGGCUGGGCUUCAUCUUUGCCGCCAGCAUGGUGGCCAUCGCCUCGAUCCCUUAUUUUUUCUUCCCGAGAGAAAUGCCCAAAGAGGAUGAAGCCGCCCGAAAGAGCAUCGCAGACAUGACCAAAGAAGAAGUAGCCGAGCAGCUUAAGAAUAAAAGCCAGGAGGAGGAAAGCUUCACUCUAUUGCAGUUUGUCAAAAUGUUCCCAGUGGUCUUGCUGAGAAAUCUCAAGAACCCGGUCUUCGUGAUGGUAGUUUUGGCGAUGGUCAACCUGUCGGCCAUGAUCGCAGGCUUAUCCACUUUUUUGGCUAAAUUCCUGGAGCAGCAAUUCACCCUCUCGGCAUCGGUGGCCAACAUGAUCCUAGGAGCCGUCAACAUCCCUGGGGCCAUGCUGGGAAUCAUCAUUGGGGGAGCCAUCAUGAAGAGCUGCAAUUUCUCCCUCCGACAGGCCACCGUCUUGUGCAUCAUCAGCAUGACCUUCUGUGUCCUCUUUGACAUCCCCCUUCUCUUCUUGGGGUGUCCCACCCAGGUGGUCGCCGGGCUGGAUUACUCCGGAAGUUCUGGACCUUGGCAGCUUAUUACCGCUUGCAACCUGAAGUGUAACUGUUCGCUGUCCUUUUUCAACCCGGUGUGUGGGCAGGACCACAUGGAAUACAUCUCCCCUUGCUUUGCGGCCUGCACCGCAGUCAACAUCGACCCCAUCACCAAGGCCGUCGUGAACUACACCGAAUGCAACUGCGUGCUCCUCAACGGUGCCAUCGGCUAUGCUAAGCCCGGCCACUGUAGCUCUUCCUGCAGCCACUUCCUGCUGCCCUUCGUGUUGAUUGCUGCCAUCUCUGGAUUCCUAGCCAGCCUCUCCCACACGCCGGCCUUCGUCCUCGUCCUCAGGAGCGUCAAGAGGCAAGACAAAUCCUUCGCCCUCGGCAUACAAUUUCUGCUCUUGAGAGUUCUCGCCUGGCUGCCUGCUCCCGUGGUCUACGGCAGUGCCAUCGACACAACCUGUCUCCUGUGGCAGUAUAAGUGCAAAAAGAGAGCAGGUUGUCGAUACUACAACCACACGGCAUUCCGGAAAAUGUUUGUGGGCAUCCAGCUUUUAUUCGAAACCUGCUGCUGUCUCUCCUUCUGCAUCGUCUAUUUACUCCUGGUUCGAAAGGAGGAUGAAGAGGAGGAAGAGGAAGAAAAAAGGGGGGCAUCUCCAGGACCCGCCAGUUAA